AUUUCCUCCUAAAUCUCAGCAUCUUCCAAUCUUCUCAUAUAGAUAGAGAGAGAGGGAGAGGAUCGAGAGAGAGAGAGAGGUUACCAUCAGAAUCGAAUCCUCUGCAGACGGAAAAACCUUCGAUUUGUAAAUUCCUCACCCGAUUUUUAUUUGAUUUUUAAUCCACGUUAUGUCGUAUUGAUCGGGAUCUAGUUCUUGGUAGAUCCAUUGAUUUUAUUUUUGUUGAAAUAUGUAUGGAUUGUGAGUAUAUUUGGUCGCGUCGUUGAAAGUUUGUGAAAUUGACUAAAGAUUCCAAAGGUUUUAAACUUGGGAUUUGAGUGCUUUCUUGUGUUAACUCUUUGUUGAAAGUUUGUGAAUUUGUCAGAGAGAUUUGGAUAUUAUAAUCAUGUUUAGGAAUAAGGAAUCUUAUUUCUAAUGAUUUAAACUUGUGAUUUGAGUGCCUUCUCUUGGUUUCUUCUAAUUCAAGCCAAACUCUCUUAGUAAAUCCCUAAUGUCUCAAGGAGCAAACAAGUUGUAGGAUUCUAUUGUUUAUUAUCUUCCAAUGAUGAUGCUACUAACUUGACAGUGGUUUCUAUGAAUAUGUAUAUGUGUGGACCUACCUAGUUGUGUGUUAAUGAACAAUCAUGCUAUAAGUUUCUCUUUUUUUGUUUGAGGAUGCAGGUUUUAGGACACUUUGGUUUCCCAACUGCUUAUUGUGCUUUACUUAAUUUAUAUAUAUGCUGUAUUUGUGGUUUUGUUCAGAAAAAGUGAUCUUCAAGUUAAAAGUUCAGCCCCUCAAAUAGUAACAAAGUAGAUUUUCAACAGCCUCCUAAUAAAGAUUGAUUGAUCUCUUUCGGUAAGUUUAUUUUCAGCUAAUUAUCUCUCUCUUUGUCCAAGCUCAUUUAUUAUAAGUUCAACACCAUGUAUAUGUUUCUUAUGUUUUUCACUUGGUUCUUGAAUCUUGAUUUGUUUUUUUUGAUUCAUGUAAAUCAAUGUCUUUUUUCUCUUGUAAAUUUUGCCUUUUAAUUGACAAAGUCAAUAAGUUUUUCUAACUGUAUGCGUGAGUAGCUUUACACAGUGUUUAGAACAAGAUGGCUGGGGUAAAGCGAAAAUUAAGUCCCGAGUCAGAUCCUAAUGCUCUUCACAAAGUACUGGAUGAGGUUUCAUGUCCUGUCUGCAUGGAUCACCCUCACAAUGCUGUUCUCCUGCUCUGCACCUCUCACGACAAAGGUUGCAGGUCUUACAUCUGUGACACCAGUUACCGUCACUCCAAUUGCCUCGACAGGUUCAAGAAACUGCACUCCGAACCCCCAACUGAUCCCAAUCCCGAGCCAAACUCUGCUUCAAGGGCAAACAUUAACGAACCUCAAACCACUUUCCACCGCGUGCCUGGAAACCAAGUCGCUGUUAGGGAUUCUGAGUCCCUGAGGAGGAGUGGAGUGGGAGAGGAAACCACGAAUUUGAAAUGUCCUCUUUGCCGUGGUACUGUUUUAGGAUUUAAGGUGGUAGAAGAAGUGAGAAGCUAUCUCGACAUGAAGAACAGAAGCUGUUCACGAGAGUCUUGCUCAUUCACGGGUAACUACCAGGAUCUGCGCCGACAUGCAAGAAGGAUCCACCCAACGUCUCGUCCUUCAGACACUGAUCCGACGAGAGAGAGAGCUUGGAGACGCCUCGAGAACCAGAGGGAGUAUGGAGAUAUAGUCAGUGCAAUACGUUCUGCCAUGCCCGGUGCUGUGGUUGUAGGAGACUACGUUAUAGAAAACGGAGAUAGGUUCCCAGGUGAGAGGGAAGCCGGAAAUGGAGGCGGCGGCAACAGCAGCAGCGACAUUUGGACUACUUUCGUAUUGUUUCAGAUGAUUGGGUCGCUUGAAAACAACGGAGGGUCUAGUGGUAGUGGCAGUGGCGGAGGUGCAUCAAGAUCUCACAGGUCGAGGGCGUGGAGGAACACUCAUCGCCGUUCUUCUUCAGAUAGGCGAUAUCUUUGGGGGGAGAAUCUAUUGGGUCUACAAGAUGAAGACAAUGAUGAUGAUGAUGGUGAAGGGUUGCGUUUGCAAAACGAAACAGGUGAUGGUUCCAAUCAUGUUCCAAGAAGAAGACGAAGGUUUGGUCGUCCAAGAUCAAGCGGAAACCAUCCGCGAUAAAGCCAUUGUCUUGGUGCUAUCUCUCGGGUCAGAACCAGACCGAUGCAAAGGGAAAGGUUUUGCUGAAAUCCCCCGAGAGCCGUAGGAUUUGUUUGGUGUUUUUAUGUAAAUGUCAUUUUCUGAGCUUCGUCAAGUCGCUCAUUGUAUGCUGAAGUAUGGUUUUAUGCAAUGUCUUUUUUUAUUUAUUGUUAAACAUUGAAAACAUGUUUGCUUUUGUGUUUUAUUGUUAUUGACAUGGAAGCUUCUUAUCUAGUAGUAUAUGAUAAAAUGUAGGUGUUUUUUUCUGUU